AUGGGACAAAAGAAUUCGAUUAAUAAAAGCAACAAAAAUGAUGAAUCUAUCUCAAUAACUGGAACUGAAACAUUUACUAAUGAAUGUCACGAUAUAAAAAGUCCGGCCGUAAAUGCAAACCACAGAGGUAUAAUUCGUGAUUGUUUUGAUAAGGCAAGCGGUAUCACAGCAGGCAGAAUUAUAAUGCGAGUUAAUCAACAACGCCCUGAUUUUAAAACGUACAAAGAUAAUCUUACACCUGAGCAAAUUGAUGCAUUCACCAAUCUUUUGAAUGAUUAUUUAUCAGCAGUUGUGGAAAACAUUGAUGAUAUUGAAAAGGUGAAGGAGCUAUCAAUGAAUUAUGGUUUAAAACAUGUCGGUUUGAGAACAAGUGGUUUUAAACCUGAUUUUUUUGCUGCAUUAGCAGAUGCAAUCGCAACAGAAUGUUCAUUUUUAAGUGAAACAGCCACUACAAAUGCACCAACGAAUACUUUUAAGGCUUGGACAAUCCUCGUUGAUUUGAUGUUUUCAUCUGUACGUGAUGGUUUCUAUCAAGAAUUACGUCGACAGCGACGUCACUCACCAACACACCUGAAAAGUUUACGAGAAUCAAGUACUAGCAUUGAACAAAUUCUCAAAAAUUCGGGGAGCAAUUUAAAAGAUUGCAUGAAGUUAGCCAAUUAUCGUUCAGAAAACGAUCACCACACCAACAAGGAUCAAGCCAUAACCGCAAGGAAAAUAUCGUUAAGUAAACCUUUUUCAACAACCAGUAUUGAGGAACAGGAAAUAGGAAUGAAUCGCCGGACAAGCUACGAGAUGACAAUAACAACGACAAUUUCAAAGCCAUUAUUUCGAAAAUCCAAUUCCACAAAUAGUUUUUUAAAACCAUUACCCGUCUCAUCGUCUGGAACAAUGGAUGAUAAUUGUCGUAAAACACAAAUGAAACAUGGAAAAUAUAUUAUGAGAUCUCGAACACCUAUUAUUGAUCCAACAACUGGCCCAUGUUUUAAAAGUCCCACUACAGCAACUAAUUGUGAAGUCAACAAAUGCCAAAAUUCCAAGCAACUCUCAUCGCAGUCAUCGCUACCUUCUCUACCAAAGCCUUUUAAUCCCAACAAAAUUAUCGAUGACUUCAUGAAUGACCGUUACAAAGUUUAACCUCAAACUUAUAUCGUUUAUCUGAAUAAGCUAAAUAAUGCUUUGAAAUAUUUUUUCCUUUUUUUUUCGUUUCCAUUGAUUAUCUAAUAUACCAUAAAUCCUUGAAUUAGAUUAUGUGAAAACAGGUUAUCUCAGUUUCGCGGAGAUGAAAAAAAG